AUGAAAUUGGAAAUUGGUUGCUGCGAGGAGCAGGUCUCAGGGAGAAAGUACACAUCUCAGGGAUGUGCUAUACCAAGAUCCCUAUCUCAGGGAUGUGCUGUAUCAAGAUCCUCAUCUCAGGGAUGUGCUAUACCAAGAUCCUCAUCUCAGGGAUGUGCUGUAUCAAGAUCCUCAUCUCAGGGAUGUGCUAUACCAAGAUCCUCAUCUCAGGGAUGUGCUGUAUCAAGAUCCUCAUCUCAGGGAUGUGCUGUAUCAAGAUCCUCAUCUCAGGGAUGUGCUAUACCAAGAUCCUCAUCUCAGGGAUGUGCUGUAUCAAGAUCCUCAUCUCAGGGAUGUGCUAUACCAAGAUCCCCAUCUCAGGGAUGUGCUAUACCAAGAUCCUCAUCUCAGAGAUUUGCUAUACCAAGAUCCUCAUCUCAGGGAUGUGCUAGACCAAGAUACUCAUCUCAGGGAUGUGACAGACCAAGAUUCUCAUCUCAGGGAUGUGCCAGAUCAAGAUCCUCAUCUCAGGAAUGUGCCAGACCAAGAUCCUCAUCUCAGGGAUGUGCUAGACCAACAUAUUCAUCUCAGGAAUGUGCUAUACCAAGAUACUCAUCUCAGGGAUGUGCCAGACCAAGAUACUCAUCUCAGGGAUGUGCCAGACCAAGAUACUCAUCUCAGGGAUGUGCUAUACCAAGAUCCUCAUCUCAGGGAUGUGCUAUACCAAGAUACUCAUCUCAAGGAUGUGCCAGACUAAGAUACUCAUCUCAGGGAUGUGCCAGACCAAGAUACUCAUCUCAGAGAUGUGCUAUACCAAGAUCCUCAUCUCAGGAAUGUGCCAGACCAAGAUACUCAUCUCAGGGAUGUGCCAGACCAAGAUACUCAUCUCAGGGAUGUGCCAGACCAAGAUACUCAUCUCAGGGAUGUGCCAGACCAACAUACUCAUCUCAGGGAUGUGCUAGACCAACAUACUCAUCUCAGGGAUGUGCUAGACCAAGAUAUUCAUCUCAGGGAUGUGUCAGACCACACCGGGAUGUGCUGCACUACGCCUGA